CCGGGCGUGUGGGACUCGGUGUCGGCCCAGGGUAAUGCGCAGAGCGGGGUCGGCGCUGUCCGAGCGGAGGAGGCCGAGUGGCGGCGGGGGAGGACCCGGAACCGCGGCGCGGGCGGCUGUCGCGUCCUAGUCGCAGAGCGCCCUCGGGGGUGUGCGUCCGAGGUGGCCGGGAGGUCGCGGGCGGAGGCCGGCGCGGAGAGCAGCUUCCGCGGGGCGGAGGAGAGCGCGCCCUGCCUGUGGCGGCCGUGUCUCCCGGGAGAUGCUGUGACGGGCCCGCGCGGGAGGAGCUCGCGCCCCCUGCACCCGGCGGCCGCGGCGGCUCCGUCACCCGCCCUUGCCAGUGGAAGUAUGCGAGACUUAAGAGCACAAGUGACUAGUGGUCUUCUGCAGUUCCCAGAAGUGACUGUUCAAGCCCUUGGAGAAGACGAAAUAACAUUAGAAUCUGUGCUUCGUGGAAGGUUUGCCGGAGGGAAAAAUGGACUUGCUUGCUUGGCUUGUGGUCCACAACUUGAAGUAGUAAACUCGCUGACAGGAGAGCGGUUGUCUGCAUAUAGAUUCAGUGGAGUGAAUGAACAACCUCCUGUAGUCCUAGCUGUGAAAGAAUUCUCUUGGCAGAAGAGAACUGGAUUGUUAAUCGGAUUGGAAGAAGCAGAAGGGAGUGUUCUCUGUCUUUAUGACCUCGGUAUAUCAAGAGUGGUUAAAGCAGUUGUUCUUCCUGGAAGGGUGACAGCUAUUGAACCUAUAAUUAACCAUGGAGGAGCUAGUGCAGGCACUCAGCAUUUACACCCAAGUCUGCGAUGGCUUUUUGGUGUGGCAGCUGUGGUAACUGAUGUUGGACAGAUCCUUCUUAUUGACCUGUGUUUGGAUGACUUGUCAUGCAGUCAGAAUGAAGUGGAGGCAUCAGACCUUGAAGUUGUAACUGGUAUCCCAGCUGAAGUACCACACAUGAGAGAAAGUGUGAUGCGAGAAGGACGCCAUCUGUGUUUCCAGUUAGUAAGCCCAUCAGGAACAGCCGUCUCAACUCUUAGUUACAUAAACAGGACAAAUCAGCUUGCUGUAGGUUUUUCUGAUGGCUAUCUAGCACUUUGGAAUAUGAAAAGCAUGAAAAGAGAAUACUACACACAAUUGGAAGGUGGAAGAGUUCCUGUAUAUGCUGUUACUUUUCAAGAACCUGAGAAUGAUCCUCGUAAUUGCUGUUACUUGUGGGCUGUUCAGUCUACACAAGAUAGUGAAGGGGAUGUUUUGAGUUUGCAUCUGCUUCAGCUGGCCUUUGGUGAUAGAAAGUGUUUGGCGUCAGGACAAAUCUUAUAUGAGGGGUUAGAGUACUGUGAAGAAAGAUAUACACUGGACCUCACAGGUGGCAUGUUUCCUUUGAGGGGACAGACUAGUAAUACCAAACUGUUGGGAUGCCAGAGUAUAGAGAAAUUUCGAUCUCAUGGUGACAGGGAGGAAGGCGUGAAUGAAGCUUUGUCUCCUGACACUAGUGUUUCAGUCUUUACCUGGCAGGUGAAUAUAUAUGGACAGGGAAAGCCUUCUAUAUAUUUGGGGCUUUUCGACAUAAAUCGUUGGUAUCAUGCACAAAUGCCAGAUUCGUUAAGAUCAGGAGAAUAUCUACAUAAUUGCUCUUAUUUUGCAUUGUGGUCACUGGACUCUGUUGUAAGUAGGACUUCUCCACAUUACAUGUUGGACAUAUUAGUACAUGAAAGAAGCUUAAGUCGAGGAGUUCCUCCUUCUUAUCCACCUCCUGAGCAGUUUUUUAACCCAAGUACUUACAAUUUUGAUGCCACUUGUUUGUUAAACUCAGGAGUUGUUCAUAUAACUUGUACUGGCUUUCAGAAGGAGACCUUAACUUUUUUAAAGAAAUCAGGAUCAUCCCUCAAUGAAGUCAUUCCUGAUGGUUAUAAUCGAUGUCUUGUGGCUGGCCUUCUGUCACCAAGACUUAUUGAUAUUCAACCUUCCAGUUUAAGUCAGGAGGAACAGUUAGAAGCUAUAUUGUCAGCAGCAAUCCAGACAAGUUCCCUGGGACUUUUGACUGGUUGUAUCAAAAGGUGGAUAACAGAAGAACAACCAAAUUCUGCUGCUAAUUUGCACUUUGUUCUUGAAUGGACAUGGAAUAAAGUGGUUCUCACAAAAGAGGAAUUUGACAGACUGUGUACACCAUUAUUUGAUGGUUCAUGUCGUUUCAUUGAUUCACAAACUAUACAGUCUAUCCAACACUGCCAUUUGCUUCUCAGCAACCUUAAUACAGUCUUAAACUGUUUUGCAACAGAGGCCCAAGAGAUCACAGAGAGAGGUCUUAUGGACUUAAGCAAUAAGUAUAUGGUUACCCAGCUCAUCUGUCAAUAUGCACAAGUGGUUCUUUGGUUCUCUCAUUCUGGCCUGUUACCAGAAGGCUUAGAUGAUGCUGUGCAGUUGUCAAGGUUAUGCUACAACUACCCUGUAAUUCAGAACUACUACACCAGUCGUCGACAGAAGUGUGAGCGUUUAUCAAGAGGGAAGUGGAACCCUGAUUGCUUGAUGAUUGAUGGAAUGGUUUCUCAGUUAGGAGAUGGAGUUGAGAAGUUGUGGAAACGGGAUGAAGGAGGCACAGGAAAAUAUCCUCCUACUAGUCUGCAUGCACUACUAGACAUAUACCUACUAGACGACGUUACUGAAGCAAGCAAACAUUCUGUUACCAUUUAUUUGCUACUUGAUAUUAUGUAUUCUUUUCCAAACAAAACGGAUACUUCCAUUGAAUCAUUUCCAACUGCUUUUGCCAUUUCUUGGGGUCAGGUUAAACUUAUUCAAGGGUUUUGGCUGAUAGAUCAUAAUGACUAUGAGAGUGGUUUGGAUCUUCUGUUUCACCCAGCUACUGCAAAACCUGUGUCAUGGCAACAUUCAAAGAUUAUUCAGGCCUUCGUGAGUCAGGGUGAGCACCGACAAGCCCUCAGAUACAUUCAAACAAUGAAGCCAACAGUGUCCAGUGGUAGUGAUAUUAUCCUUCACCUCACUGUUUUGCUUUUUAAUAGAUGCGUGGUUGAGGCCUGGAGUUUACUGCGACAGCAUUCUACUCGGUUGAAUAUAGAGGAGUUACUAAAGCACACGUAUGAAGUCUGUCAAGAAAUGGGCUUAAUGGAGGAUUUAUUGAAGUUACCAUUUACAGACACUGAGCAGGAUUGUUUGGUGAGAUUUUUGCAGUCCAGCGGCAGUGUUCAGAAUCAUGAAUUUCUUUUAGUUCACCAUUUGCAGCGUGCCAAUUACAUCCCUGCCUUGAAGCUGAACCAAACUCUGAAGAUUAAUCUUAUGAAUGAUCGUGAUCCUCGUUUGCGGGAGAGAUCAGUGGCUCGAAAUUCUAUAUUAGACCAAUAUGGGAAAAUUCUUCCUCGAGUCCAGCGAAAAUUAGCCAUUGAGCGAGCUAAGCCUUACCAUUUGUCAACAUCAUCAGUUCUUCGAGAAGUUUGUAGACCCAAACCAUUAUCAGCAGUUCCAAAGCAAGUUGUAACAGGAACUGUGUUAACAAGAUCUACUUUCAUCAAUAAUGUAUUAUCUAAAAUUGGAGAGGUGUGGGCAAGCAGUGAACCUAAACAUAGCAUCUCAGCCUACAAUAGUUCUAAAAUAGAAGAACCAUCUCCUAUAGUAUAUUCUCUCCCAGAUCCAGAGCUGCCUGAGGCAUUUGUUGGAACACCAACUUCAAAAGCAUCGCAAAAAAUUUCUAGACUGCUGGAUUUGGUUGUUCAUCCUGUCCCCCAGCCUUCUCAAUGUUUGGAGUUUAUUCAGCAAACCUCCCCUACAAGAUCUCCUUUGUACUUAGCAUCCACUUCAUUGCCAGUAAGUUCACAAUUAAAAGGAUCACGGCAGAAUACCUCCAGGGCUUCAGAAUUACAUUUACUUGAAACUCCUCUUGUAGUUAAGAAAGCUAAAACUUUGGCCAUGUCAGUUACUUCCUCUGGAUUAUCUGAGUUCACUCCUCAAUCCAUCCUAAGGUCUGGUCUUCGAACAACACCUUUAGCAUCUCCCUCUGUGUCACCUGGAAGGUCUCUUACCCCUCCUUUACGACUUAAAGAAACUAGAAUUUCAUUCAUGGAAGAAGGCAUGACCACAAAAUGGACUUCUGGAGCUGCAGAUGACAGCAAAACAAAAGUAUUUGUAGCUACACCUUUCCAUAAAUGUGAAGUUCCACCAGAAACUGAAUGGCCGAAGAACAAAGAUAAGACAAUAUCUUUUUCCCUGGAUAGCCCUGAAAAGGAUCAUCAAGAAAUGGAUGUGAGGUUACAGGAUACACCUUCACAAAGUUUGGAGACCCUGGAUACGAGCAAAGAAAAUAGCAAUGUUUCAACUAGAUCUGACCAGACUACCUUGGAGUAUCAGGAUGCACCAUCACCGGAAGACUUUGAAGAUGUUCUCAUGGCCUCUAAGCCAGCGAGCUGUUCCACCGAACUAAUUACUAAUUUAACUGAACAAACUGAGAAGGACAGUGAUAAAGAUGUGUUUGAAUCAGAAGUAACUCCUCCAGACCUGGAGACACAGUUGGGCAUUUUAGAAGAUGCAGAAACAAAGGACCUCUUAGUUGCAGAGGAGGCACUUUCAGAAUUAAAUCACUUAAGCCGCAUUCAAGGAGUUGAAACUUCUCUUUGUGUACCGUCAAUCCAUGAAGGGAAAAUCCUCACCCUGAAGCCCAAGGUACCAGUUUUAGACGAAGGACUAGUAUCUGUUGAAACUUGCACCUCUACAAUUAGAGCAGGUAACAACAAAUCUGUGGCCGGUGUCCUUGGUGAUGGUGGAAGCCCUAGGCUCGUUGUCUCAGCAAGUCCUAUGAUCUCUGAACACAGGCUGCACCAGGAAAUAGCACUGAACUUACAAGAAGCUCACGAAACAGAAGUUGACGUACUAAAAGCAAGUGUUGACUUACCAGAAGAAAAGCCUCCAAUUUCUGACGAUCCUCCUGAUACUCAAGAAAUUCAUGUGAUUGAACAUGAAAAGCUGGAAGUUCAAGAUUCAGGACAAGAGGCUAGAAAUCUUUCAUUUAAUGAAUUGUAUCCCUCAGGAACUCUUAAGCUUCAAUAUAAUUUUGAUACCAUUGAGCAGCAGUUUUGUGACUUGCCUGAUAAUAAAGACUCUUCUGAGUGUGACAUUGCCGAAGUAGAUGGGGAACUGUUUGUGGCUCAGAGCAACUUUACCUUGAUAUUGGAAGGUGAAGAAGGAGAAGUAGAGACAGGUGAUUCUGCGGCAUCUAAUGUGUUAGCUAAAGCAGCUAACACAGCAACUGAGGAAAAACAUGUGUACAGUGGGGAAAAUGAUAACCAUGGACGUGUUGCAAAUUUACCAUCUAUCAUAAUCAGUGAUCAAGAGUCCCAAAAGGUGGAGACAUUACCAUAUGUGCCUGAACCAAUUAAAGUAGCAAUUGCAGAAAAUUUAUUAGAUGUAAUUAAAGACACAAGAAGUAAAGAAAUUACUUCAGAUACGAUGGAACAGUCCAUUCAUGAAAACAUACCUUUAAUAAGCCAGAAGGUAAUGUGUUCCACCAAGUUAGUCAAAUCUUCAUUUAAGACUGUUCAGGAAACAAGUACAGUGACUAUAAAUGUCAGCCAGGUUAAUGACAUGAUUUCCUCCAGAACUCGCACAAGAGGACAACGUGUCCGAAACCUAAAUGUCACAUCAGCACAACAGGAAGAGUCAGCAGAUGCUGCUGCUCCUGAGCUGCUGGGGCUCUCAGUUAUGAAGAAAACCAGGAAAAGAGAAGGAAUUUCUGGGGCUUCUGAAAGUGCCUGUUCUGAUGUCAACGGAAUAUCUCAGAACCAGCAAAUACCUCAAAGUUCUAUUACUCCUAGGAGAGGGAGGAGGAAAAAAGAAAUUAAUCAAGACAUGUUAGAAAGUAUUAAUUCUAUGGAACAGGAAUUACAGAUUACUCCAGGUAGAGAAUUAAGAAGGUUAAAAUCAUCUCAGCUAUUGGAACCAUCAGCUGAAGAAACUUUUAGAAAAGAAAAACUUUCAUCUGUUACCAAAAGGACUCCUAAAAGAACUAAAAAAUCUGUAGAAAAUCAGGAAAGUGUUGAAAUUGUAAGUGAUCUAAAAGUUAGUAAAGUAGCAAGUCCUAGCAGAAGUACCAGAAAAUUGAGAAGUGCUAAUUUAGAAACUUCUGAAAAAAUAGGAUGUGAGCAAGAUGGGAAGUCCAUUGAACAGCAGCUGCCUAUUCAGCGUAGCAGAAGGGUUAAAAAGAGAGAAGCUAGUGCAUCAGAUGUCAUAGAAGACUCUAAACUUGAUUCAUCUCAGUUGACUCUUCAAGCAGAAUUGGAUCUGCCUGCUACACCUAGGAAACGUGGUAGACCAAGAAAAAUUAAUCUCUCCGAAGAUGUAGGAUCUGAGGCUGUUAAGGAAGCGAAAAGUCCCAAGAAGAGAGAAGUUCUUAGCAUCCAAAGGAGAUCUACAAGAAAUACCCCAGCUAAAAGUGAAAAUACUAGUGUUGGAAAACCAGCUUUAGAAAAAUCAAUUUUAGUGCCAAAUGAGGAACAUGCUACGGUGAUGAGCUCUAAGAAGAAACCUACAAAAAGGACUGAAAAUCAAAGCCAAAAACAUCCAUUGCACUCAAUAUCAGAAAAACACAUGGAUGAAGAAAUAACACACAAAGAACCAACUGACCGAGAAGAAAAAUUGCUUGCCACAGCUGCUUUGACUAAAUCUUCCCGUAGCACAAGGACUAGAUCUAGCAAGGCCAUCUUGUUGCCAGACCUUUCUGAACCAAAAAAUGAGUCUUUUUUAUUUUCUCCUCCUGUGUCAAAGGUUCCAAGGAAAGAGAAAGCUAAAAAAAUAGAGGCUCCUGAACAGCUGAAAGAAUUAGUUUCAGAUUUAUCUUCUCAGUUUGUCUUCUCACCUCCUACUUUAAGGACCAGGCGGAAAAACACAUCUAAUACAUCCAGACUUGUAAACGAACUGGAAGAUGAUGCUCAGUCAGUAGAAGCUGUGGGAAAGCAAAAAGUGAAAAGAACCAGGACUGCAAACACAAAACAAGCAAGCAAAAACACAGAAAAAGAAAGUUGGUCACCUCCUCCAGUAGAAAUUAAGCUGAUUUCUCCCUUGGCAAGCCCAAUUGAUGAAGUAAAGAGCAAGCCAAGAAAAACUGCAGAAGUAACAGGAAAAGCUCUUGGAAGGAGCAGAAAGAAACUGUCUUCCUUUCCAAAGCAAGUUUUACGCAGAAAAAUGCUGUAAUUUUUUUUCAAGUUUUUGAUGUACACCUAUUUGUAAAGUCAUCAGAAUUGUGUGGAUUAUUAAAAAUGAUCUAAUUUGGAAGAAAAUAAUUUAUAUAAAUUAUUGUAAAUUUUUAUAACAGAAGGUCUUCAAUAAGUAAAGUAACUCCAUAUGGAGUGUGAUUCUUUUAGUCCAGGCCGUUUUUUCUAUUUUAUAUUAAGACUUCAUACGUUUAUAUAAUAUGUAAAUAUGGCUUACUACUGGAAUGUUAAAUAAAGUGUAUACUUCACAGUA